GAAAAGAAAGAGCAGUUUUCGGCCAUAGGUGCAAUGAGUAUGGUAAUGAAGAAUAAGAAGCUGAGUGCAUGGCAGAAUGGAUUAAACGAAGAAUAUAGCAGUGUCAGCUCCUCAGCUGUGAUUGAAGUGAGCAAAACCAGGGAAAGUACAGACACAUUGUCUACAAAUAAGACAUUCACUGCAAAUACUGACCUAAAAGAUAGUAAAAAUACCAGUCAUGGAGAUGACAGUAGUCACACAAAUGCCCAUGCAGUCGACCACAAUAGUGUCCACACACAAUCGAUCUCUGAAAUCAAGACAAUCGGAGACGGAGAAGAGAAUCAAACGAUUGCUGCAACGACGUCGGUGGUGGUUCAAAGCCACGAUGACGAUCAUGUUGAAACUGAUAGUGAAGACAAUAAGCUUUCCAACCAAGAUGAACAUAGUCAACCCAACACCAAGCCCAAGAAAGUCGAGGGUACAGCGAGUGGGAACACUUCAUACAUAAACGUACCUAAGAACAACACGACUGCACCGGAAAAUGACAUGACAAACGGAGCAAGUCUCGUUGCGCUCCCAACAGAGACACUCAAUUUGGAAGCUCAGAUGGCUGCUAUUGAAGAACUGAUGGGGAGGUUCAAAUCAGAGCACGAAACGGAGGUGAUAGUCAACGGGAAGAAAGUGCUCCGCAGUCUCAAAGUGGAUGUAUACACAGAUAAAGUGACUGGUAUGGAGAUCGAUAAUACAGUAUCCAUCCAGACAUUUGAUCCCAAGCUUCGUACUGCUGCACUGAUUAGUCAGAGCGCCGUCAGUGUGAAAAAUUCCGAACUCAAGAUAAACAGUACAAGACUCACGGCCUGCCAGCCAGUGCGAUGGCAUAUAGUGGCCAGAGAUAAGGACAAUAACCUUGUCACGGAAGGAGGCGAAUCAUUCUACGCUGAAUUGAGAGGGCCAGCUAUCAUCUUGCCUGUAAUACGGUACACCGGGGAGGGAAUAUACUCUAUUGAAUUUACGCCGUUCACCCCAGGCAAAUACCAACUGCAGCUUCGACACGACUUUAGUCGUUUCUCGGGGACGAGCCACGGGUGCCAGACAUUAGACAAAUCCGGGAUGUUUAAUCACUUCAAAAUUGAUAUUGAGCAGAUCAAGGUGAGUGUCAAUAUGUCUCUAUAUGUAGAUUAG